UUGGUUUGGUGGGUGAAAAAGAGAAACCCAUGGGCGGCGGUGGGUUUUAGGGUAAUAUAAUUGUUUACGUCUCUCCUUGUCCCACUUUCACUCUUUGUAUAUAUUUGCUGCCAACUUUGCCUAACACUGCCUCCUAUACUCACUAUAUACUAGUUGGCUCUCAAUAAAUCCAAAAGGCCAAAGUUUGUCUUGUGAACUCCGCUUAUAAUUUCAGAUUCUUGAUUCAUUAUCAGCCAACCCCACUUCUUAUAUUGGUAAAACAUGUCGACCAUGAGGCUUCCUUCCACUUGCAUGUUCAAAGCCGCACCUCUGAGCGAAAGAAAGAGUGCAUUUGUUAAAAUGCCAUUCUCAGUGGGCUCUGUGAGGAACAUCUCCAAAUCCUUCGGCUUGAAAGCUGAUUCUAACUUUAGAGUAUCAGCGAAUGUGUACAAGGUCAAAUUGAUUUGUCCAGAUGGUACUGAACACGAGUUUGAAGCACCUUCCGAUACCUACAUCCUCGAUGCAGCUGAGAAUGCUGGAGUCGAUCUCCCUUAUUCUUGCAGGGCUGGUGCUUGCUCAACUUGUGCUGGGAAGAUAAAGUCGGGCACUGUUGAUCAAUCUGACGGAUCUUUUCUGGACGAUAACCAAAUGAAAGAGGGAUAUUUGCUCACUUGUGUUUCUUACCCAAACUCUGAUUGUGUGAUCCACACUCACAAGGAGUGUGAUCUUUACUAGUUAAAUCCAAUUUCAAGCAAAGGUAAAAACAGUUAGAUAUUGCUUUUUCCCCUCGUGUCAUCAUGAACUUCUUUUGUUUCAUAAAUUGCUUAUGUAAUGAAGUCUUUUUCUUAUAUAUGAAUGAAUAUGCCUAGUGGUUUUAU